UAUGCUGCUAUUACGAAUCUUUCACUAGCGAUAGAAUCUGGCGAAAAACUUUUAGUCCUACUUCGUAAUUGUAAGAGAAAAAAAGAAGAAGGUGAGACAGCCUUAAUGCUAGCAACAUUGUACUACCGAAAGCGGGAAUACAAGGAAGCAGAAGCAUUCCUCAAAAGAGCACUUACCAUCAAGACAGAAAUUGGUGACAAAGACGGAGAAGCGUCAUGCUACAUAAACCUGGGAGCUGUCUUUCAAUCUGUUCGAGAAUAUGCCGAGGCUGAAGAAUAUCUUCAUAAAGCACUUACCAUCAAGAUAGAAAUUGGCAACAAACACGGAGAAGCGUUAUGUUACUUAAACCUGGGAGCCGUCUCUCAAUCCGUCGGAGAAUAUGACAAGGCUGAAAAAUAUCUUCGUAAAGCACUUACCAUCACGACAGAAAUUGGUGACAGACAUGGAGAAGCGACAUGCUACGGAACCCUAGGAGCUGUCUUUCAAUCUGUCGGAGAAUAUGCCAAGGCUGAAGAAUGUCUUCAUAAAGCACUUACCAUCAGGGCAGAUAUUGGCGACAAAGACGGAGAAGCUUCAUGCUACGGAAACCUAGGAAGGGUGUUUCAAUCUGUCGGAAAAUAUGCUAAGGCUGAAGAAUAUCUUCAUAAAGCACUUACCAUCAAGACAGAAACUGGCGACAAAGACGGACAAGCGACAUGCUACAUAAACUUGGGAGCUGUCUUUCAAUCUGUCGGAGAAUAUGCCAAAGCUGAAGAAUAUCUUCAUAAAGCACUUACCAUCAAGACAGAAACUGGCGACAAAGACGGACAAGCGACAUGCUACAUAAACUUGGGAGCUGUCUUUCAAUCUGUCGGAGAAUAUGCCAAGGCUGAAGAAUAUCUUCAUAAAGCACUUACCAUCAAGACAGAAACUGGCGACAAAGACGGACAAGCGACAUGCUACAUAAACUUGGCAGCCGUCUUUCAAUCUGUCGGAGAAUAUGCCAAGGCUGAAGAACAUCUUCAUAAAGCACUUACCAUCAAGACAGAAACUGGCGACAAAGACGGACAAGCGACAUGCUACAUAAACUUGGGAGCCGUCUUUCAAUCUGUCGGAGAAUAUGCCAAGGCUGAAGAACAUCUUCAUAAAGCACUUACCAUCAAGACAGAAACUGGCGACAAAGACGGACAAGCGACAUGCUACAUAAACUUGGGAGCCGUCUUUCAAUCUGUCGGAGAAUAUGCCAAGGCUGAAGAACAUCUUCAUAAAGCACUUACCAUCAAGACAGAAACUGGCGACAAAGACGGACAAGCGACAUGCUACAUAAACUUGGGAGCCGUCUCUCAAUCUGUCGGAGAAUAUGCCAAGGCUGAAGAACAUCUUCAUAAAGCACUUACCAUCAAGACAGAAACUGGCGACAAAGACGGACAAGCGACAUGCUACAUAAACUUGGCAGCCGUCUCUCAAUCUGUCGGAGAAUAUGCCAAGGCUGAAGAACAUCUUCAUAAAGCACUUACCAUCAAGACAGAAACUGGCGACAAAGACGGACAAGCGACAUGCUACAUAAACUUGGCAGCCGUCUCUCAAUCUGUCGGAGAACAUGCCAAGGCUGAAGAACAUCUUCAUAAAGCACUUACCAUUAAGACAGAAACUGGCGACAAAGACGGACAAGCGACAUGCUACAUAAACUUGGGAGCCGUCUUUCAAUCUGUCGGAGAAUAUGCCAAGGCUGAAGAACAUCUUCAUAAAGCACUUACCAUCAAGACAGAAACUGGCGACAAAGACGGACAAGCGACAUGCUACAUAAACUUGGCAGCCGUCUCUCAAUCUGUCGGAGAACAUGCCAAGGCUGAAGAACAUCUUCAUAAAGCACUUACCAUUAAGACAGAAACUGGCGACAAAGACGGACAAGCGACAUGCUACAUAAACUUGGGAGCCCUCUUUCAAUCUGUCGGAGAAUAUGCCAAGGCUGAAGAACAUCUUCAUAAAGCACUUACCAUUAAGACAGAAACUGGCGACAAAGACGGACAAGCGAUAUGCUACAUAAACUUGGGAGCCGUCUCUCAAUCUGUCGGAGAGUAUGCCAAGGCUGAAGAAUAUCUUCAUAAAGCACUUAACAUCAAGACAGAAACUGGCGACAAAGACGGCCAAGCGACAUGCUACAUAAACCUAGGAAAAGCCAACGUCCUAACUGGUGAAUGGGCGAAGGCUCAAAAAUAUUUCCAGAAUGCUCUUCAAAUUAGCAGGGGGAUUGGAAACAUUGAUUUGCAAUAUCACGCUUUUAUUUUUCUACAUUUUUGUGUUUUAUCAUUAAAAGGAAACGCAUCUGAAGCCUUAUCCAAUCUCUUCGCAAGUAUUCAAAUUUGCGAAAAAAUGCUUAGUUGUCUAGGAAACAAAGAUCGCCGCAAGAUAUCAUUUUUUGACAACCACGCCUAUCCCUAUCGGUUGUUUACUUCAUUGAGUUGUUCUUGUGGGAAACCCUAUGAAGCUUUACACGUUGCUGAACUUGGACGUGCCAAAGCUCUAGCAGAUCUUAUGUCAAAUCGGUACUCCAUUGAAAAAGAGUUAUCCAUCAACACACAAUCGUUUGUUGGCAUUCAGGAAGUAAUCAAUGAGAAAAAUGGCAACAGCACCUGCCUAUACAUCGCCUACCACUCUGAUGAUAUAUUUUUGUGGAUUUUGAAACAAAGCAAACCGGUAGCUUUCCGAAGAACGAAACUUUGUGAAAGCUAUGGUAGCAAAGACGUCAAAAUCUCUGUGGAUGACCUCUUCUCUUCACACGCCAACCAACUUACAAACGAAUCAAAUCUGGAAGAUAGUCUCUCAUCCUUGCGUCUUUCUUUAGAUGAGGAAGAAGAAAACACAGACCCUGAACCGCCAACACUUUUUCAGGUUUACAACAUGUUGAUUGCUCCCGUAAGUGACUUGCUAGAAGGAUCUGAAAUCAUUGUUGUUCCUGAUCGCUGCUUCUUCCAAGUUCCCUUUGCAGCGUUACAUGAUGCUGAAAGUAACCGCUAUUUAUCAGAUUCUUUCAGGAUACGCAUUGUCCCUUCUUUGACGACUCUUAGGCUCAUUCUGGACAGUCCAGCGGACUCACACAGCGAAACUGGUGCAUUGAUUGUGGGUGGGCCAAGUGUGACGAAUGUGUAUUACAAGGGAGAGUUAUGGUAUCUCUGUCCAUUGCCUAUCGCGAAAGCGGAAGCAGAGAUGAUUGCAAGACUACUACCUGAAUCUCACCUUUUAAUAGGAGAGCAAGCAACAAAGCAGGCAGUUCUUCAAAGAAUACCCUCAGCGAGUCUCGUGCAUUUCUCUGCUCAUGGUCAUGCCGAAAGAGGAGAAAUUGCUCUUACCCCCUCUAACUCCACAAUAGGGAUUCCACAUGAAGCAGACUACUUACUGUCAAUGACCGACAUUUCACAAGUUAGACUGUCAGCCAAACUGGUGGUCCUUAGCUGUUCUCAUUCCGCACGUGGGCAGAUCAAUACAGAAGGCGUUGUUGGAAUCGCUCGAGCAUUCUUAGGAUCAGGUGCACGCUCAGUGUUGGUGGCACUGUGGGCCUUAGAAGACAGAGCAACACAGCAGUUCAUGAGAAGAUUCUACGAAAACCUUGUCCAAGGAGAAAGUGCAAGUGAAUGUCUUCACCGGGCCAUGAAGUGGAUGCGGAAUAACGGUUUCCCUGAAGUGAGGCAGUGGGCACCUUUCAUGCUGAUUGGGGAUGACGUUUCAUUUCACUUUGGUGAAGAAAAGUGAAGGUAAUUGCUCUCUGAUAAUUAGGGCCAUAGGAAGUCUGCCAGGUCUUUUUGUAUUGCAGUUCUAUCAACUUCGGUACAUUUGGUUCUUUUAAGUACUAAAUAAAAAACAUUAUUUACCCUUAAAAGCCACACUAUUGACUACACCUGAAGUCAGCUUUUACUACGACUGAGGUGAAAUAUCAGUCAACCGCUUUUUAACAUCAAAGAUACUAACCACCACAAUUAUUCGUCCAGACUUCUGUAUUUUAUCAGUCAAAAUUAUAACCCAUGCAUGUGGGGCUUUGCAUNUGACGACUCUUAGGCUCAUUCUGGACAGUCCAGCGGACUCACACAGCGAAACUGGUGCAUUGAUUGUGGGUGGGCCAAGUGUGACGAAUGUGUAUUACAAGGGAGAGUUAUGGUAUCUCUGUCCAUUGCCUAUCGCGAAAGCGGAAGCAGAGAUGAUUGCAAGACUACUACCUGAAUCUCACCUUUUAAUAGGAGAGCAAGCAACAAAGCAGGCAGUUCUUCAAAGAAUACCCUCAGCGAGUCUCGUGCAUUUCUCUGCUCAUGGUCAUGCCGAAAGAGGAGAAAUUGCUCUUACCCCCUCUAACUCCACAAUAGGGAUUCCACAUGAAGCAGACUACUUACUGUCAAUGACCGACAUUUCACAAGUUAGACUGUCAGCCAAACUGGUGGUCCUUAGCUGUUCUCAUUCCGCACGUGGGCAGAUCAAUACAGAAGGCGUUGUUGGAAUCGCUCGAGCAUUCUUAGGAUCAGGUGCACGCUCAGUGUUGGUGGCACUGUGGGCCUUAGAAGACAGAGCAACACAGCAGUUCAUGAGAAGAUUCUACGAAAACCUUGUCCAAGGAGAAAGUGCAAGUGAAUGUCUUCACCGGGCCAUGAAGUGGAUGCGGAAUAACGGUUUCCCUGAAGUGAGGCAGUGGGCACCUUUCAUGCUGAUUGGGGAUGACGUUUCAUUUCACUUUGGUGAAGAAAAGUGA